AUGAGUUUUGAUGAAGAAUAUAUAUUUAUUGUGAAAGUUGAUGAUGGGAUUUUCUCAAUAUCACUAGCAGGCAGCAGGCAAUCCCCAGUAGAUAUUCUUACAAGCCAGGUUGAAACUAGCGCUGAACUGUCCCAGCUUGAGUACACUUAUAUUCCGGCCAACUGCCAGAGUGCAGAGAAUACUGGAUCCAGCUGGAAGGUCAACGUUCUACCUGAAGGGUCAAGUUUAAAGGGAGGUCCCUUGCUAUCAGAUAUUUACCAUCUAGCACAGUUUCAUGCACAUUGGGGAGGAGAGAAUAGUAGAGGGAGUGAACACACUGUGGAUGGAAAGAUGUUCUCAGCUGAACUUCACCUAGUCCACUACAACUCUAAAUACGGAUCCUUUGGUGAAGCUGCAGAUAAACCUGACGGUCUCGCUGUUCUUGGAGUCUUUAUCAAAGUUGGUGAUGAGCACCCUGAAUUUGGUAAACUUUGCGAGGUUCUUCAGGAUAUACCCAGAAAGGGGGAUACUCUGGACUUACCAGAACCUAUUAAUCCAGCAGAUUUGCUACCUAAAAAUCAGAGUUACUGGACUUAUGAAGGUUCUCUGACUACUCCUCCCCUUUAUGAAUCUGUUACGUGGAUAGUUCUCAAGCAACCAAUAGAGGUCUCUUCGGUCCAGAUACGAAUAAUGCGAGAGAUGAAAUUUGGGGAUGAAGCUUCCGAGUGUAUGAAAGACAAUUACAGGAUUCAUAGCAUUCAUUCACAUUAUACCAAAAAUAUUUCAGAAAAUUUUUUCCCAUAA